UGCACUCCGCGCAGAAUUUGCCACUGGGGUCCUGUAAAGUUUCUAGGAAGACAGCAUCACAGACCGCACGACGAGCUGGGAUGCAGGAAUGCACAUCAUCAACUGACUUAGACAUUCUUGGUUUUUCCAUAUAACACAAACUCCUCGGAGAGGAUUUCAGAUACACGCAACCAUUCUUUAGGACAAAUUUAGCUGACGGCAAGUGCAAAACGUGGAAGAAUGCUGGGCGCGGUUUUGUGCCUUUUAUAUAUAGUCUUAAUUUUCUUUUGUCCGUUUAGUGCGUCUGUAGGUAUCUAUACAAUCCCCGGUAUAAGGCUGCCGGAGAAACCCGCUCCGGUCCCCACCGGCCUCAGCAGGAACUGGUGUCACUACACCGUGCGGAGGACCGUUUCCUGUCAAACGUACAAUGGAACAGAGACUCUACUUCAGAGGCGCGUCCAGAGUUGCCGCUGGCCCGGGCCUUGUACCAGCCUCAUCAGUUACAGGACAGUGGUCAGACCCUCGUACCGAAUGUCUUACAGACUGGUUACUGCACUGGAGUGGCGUUGCUGUCCUGGUUUCCAUGGUAUAGACUGUAAAGAGGAGUGCCUGAACUGCACAGGCUACACAGACCUCACUGCACGGCUGCACGCUGUCGAAUUGCAGAUGCUGUCACUCCAAGACGCCGGACUCUUUGCUUUCCCACCAGUCAGCCAAUCAGUGGACAGAACAGCUGAUAAUGAGGUCGAUGGGUCCCGCCCCUCACCUGUCACAACAUGUUCUGUUGGUCAGGGAGAGUCCAGGGGAGCUGUGGGACCCGUGGGUCCUCCCGGAGCCAGUGGACCCCCGGGCCCUGAAGGGAAGGCCGGCCUGAGAGGGAAACCAGGCCUGGCGGGACCAAGAGGUCCCCCAGGUGUGAGGGGACCACCAGGUCCACCGGGACCUCCUGGCUUCACUUACUACACCAGGGGAGAGGUCUUCACUUUGAUCACCAAACAUCACAGCCAAUAUGAGGAAGAUGUCCACCCUCCUCAUCACAAGCUGAGAUUAAUACUGGGACCGCCCGGGCCUCCAGGACGCCCAGGACCUGCAGGACCCCCUGGAAUCCCCGGAACACCAGGACAAAAUGGUGUGUCAGGCUUCUCAGGAAGCCCAGGUCUUAAAGGCUCCAAGGGCGACCCUGGAGAGAGUGGGCCACCAGGAGUUGAUGGCAAGCAGGGGGGGCCAGGUGCUCCCGGACCGAAGGGUGAACCAGGAGAGACGGAAACAGAGCUUCAACAGUUGAAAGAAGCACUGAAGAUUCUGGCAGAGAGGGUUCUGAUUCUAGAGUACAUGUUCAACAUUCAUGAUGCAGCCAUGGAGUUAGGUUCGGGAUCAGACCUGCUGCUAAACGUCCCGCCCACAGUCAGAGCUACGGGACAAGGCAGGUCCUUCCCCUCCUCCCCCGCACCAAGGAGGCCCAGGGUGCCCAGGACACCAUAGAUGCUGAUGUCCAGCAGGAGGAGACUCACCUAUGGGUCUCUUGCACUAAACACAGAGCUCCUGCUGGAGCCUUGUAUUCUGUUACCCAAAUAAAAUUCCUGUGUCAGAGCAACUACUGACACCUGUCAGGAAAAAACUUUUUAAAGUCACGGAAAGAAAAGAUUUUACAGUCAUUUUAUUAUUGCUAUUAAUAAUAAUAAUAAUAAUAAUAAUAUCACCAUAUGUAUGUCUAAAUGUAAUUGGUAUUUUCCCACAUGAUGUUGGUUUUCAUAUAGUUAAUCAUACUGCCCACAGAAAGUUGGACAAUGUAAACUGAUCUCAGAUCAGAUUUUUUAAAAACAAGGAGAAAUUCUCUGUGAAUAUUAUGGGAAAAUUGUUCUGAGAUGAGCAUGGAAAAAGCAUUGUUUAAACUAGAGAUGCACUGAUUGAUCUGCUUGUGACCGGAAACUGCUGGUUUUCAGCAUAAUCGGCCAUAACCGGUGACCAGCUGAUCAGUCUCAUGUAUUUCAUAUAUUUCAUAUUUUAGUGCUGGUCACAUUUACGCUUGUUCACUACAUGAGGACUACAGCGACACGAACACAGCCACACGUGAACAGCGCAGCAACUGCAUUAGAUGUAUGCAUGGACAACAACAUAAAGGUGCCUUGAGUUCUCAUUUGUAUUACCUGGUGCACUUGUUUUCAUUUGGAAAAGUAAAACUAUUGCUCUUUAUUUUAUUUGGAGGUUUGUGAAAAGCAAAUGUUCACCCUAUAACCUAGUGCAUAGUUUUAUGCUGAGAUAUUUCGUUUCCAUUAAAAGAGAAAUUGAACAAAAACGC